AAUCUGCUAGUGAAUAUUGUUUUUAUUUGAUAGAUAUAAUAGGUUUUGUCAGUCUCUGCAUUUUUAUUGUGGACUUGUGGACGCUUUAACAUGUCGAAUCUGCUGAGCCUGAGUCAUCGUUCUCAAAGCAAGAUGGCGGCCCCUACAAAACAGUAUGGGCUGAUCUUGCCCCAAAAAAAGGGACUAUCAAAGACCCUUGGCUUGCCGAAACCUUCUGUUUUUGGGGAUGACUCAGACGAAGAGACCUCAGUUGGGGAGAGUUUGCAGAAGGAGGCUAUUAAGAAGAAGAUGAUGAAGCAAACUCGUUUAGAGAUGCAGAAGGCCUUGGAACAGGACAGCACGGUUUAUGACUAUGACGGUGUUUACGAUGACAUUCAAAAACAGAGGCUGGAGAAUCACAAAAAAAUUCUCGGAGGAGCUGAUAAGAAGCCAAAAUAUAUCCACCAGCUGAUGAAAGCGGUGGAUGAGCGAAAAAAAGAACAAGAACGAAGAGAGGAGAGGAAGAUUCAAAAGGAAAGGGAAGCAGAGGGGGAAAAGUUUGCUGACAAAGACGCUUACGUUACCUCUGCCUAUAAGAAGAAACUACUAGAGCGAGAGGAGGAGCUGGAGAGAGAAAAAAGGGAAGCAGAGAUCGAAG